CUGCCUGCCUGCCUCGCGUCGGCGUCACAAAACUCUCACAGGCCCGCACAGCACAGAUCAACCGCGGCUUUGAAUUCGGGGGCAGGAAGGCAUCGCCGAGCCGAGAUGGAGCCGGUGGCUCGCCUCCCGCUCCCGCUCCUCACCGUCUCCGCCCUCCUGCUCCUCCUCUCGCCGCCGCCGCCGGCGGCAGACGCGAGGGUGCCGCCGCCGCCGCGCAUCCAGCCGCUCGCCACCGCCACGCUGCGCCGCCUCUACGACACCUCCAACUACGGCAAGCUGCAGCUCAACAACGGCCUCGCCCUCACCCCGCAGAUGGGGUGGAACAGCUGGAAUUUCUUCGCCUGCAACAUCAACGAGACGGUCAUCCGCGAGACAGCUGACGCGCUGGUGUCGACGGGACUGGCCGAAUUGGGCUACAACUAUGUAAAUAUUGGUAUACCACUUGGUUCAAUUCAGGGAUUGUUGCCUCUUGGAACUUCUUCCUUUUUUAAAAAAAAUAAAAUAAAAUUCUUAUCUCUUGUUUGUUGCUUCAUGCUUGCUUCCUCAGAUGACUGCUGGUCCAAUGUGAAAAGAGGAAAGAAGGAUCAAUUGCUACCUGAUCCAAAGACUUUCCCUUCAGGCAUCAAAGCUCUUGCAGACUAUGUGCACGGAAAAGGUUUAAAACUUGGCAUAUACUCAGAUGCUGGGAAAUUUACUUGUCAAGUUCGACCUGGAUCACUCUAUCAUGAAAAUGAUGAUGCCAUGCUCUUUGCUUCAUGGGGUGUUGACUACCUGAAGUAUGACAACUGCUACAAUUUGGGAAUAAAGCCUCAGAAGAGAUAUCCUCCUAUGCGGGAUGCUCUUAAUUCAACUGGCCGCCAAAUAUUCUACUCUUUGUGUGAGUGGGGUGAGUAUGAUCCAGCACUGUGGGCUGGAAAAGUUGGCAAUAGUUGGCGUACAACAGGUGACAUAACGGAUACAUGGAAAAGCAUGACAGACAUUGCUGAUAAGAAUAACAAGUGGGCAUCAUAUGCUGGACCUGGUGGUUGGAAUGACCCAGAUAUGCUGGAGGUAGGGAAUGGUGGCAUGACCUUUGCUGAGUAUCACUCACAUUUUAGCAUCUGGGCUCUCAUGAAGGCCCCUCUAUUAAUUGGCUGUGAUGUCAGAAAUCUGACUUCAGAAACAUUGGAAAUAUUGAGCAACAAAGAAGUUAUUCAAGUAAACCAAGAUCCUCUUGGAGUUCAAGGAAGAAGAAUUUUAGGAGAAGGAAAAUAUGGAUGCCGCGAGGUGUGGGCUGGCCCCCUGUCUGGAAAUCGGCUUGCUGUUGCUUUAUGGAACCGUUGUUCGGAGGCUGCUAAUAUUACAAUGAAAUUGCCAGCAGUAGGCCUUGACGGGUCAGCUGCCUAUUCCGUCAGAGAUCUGUGGAAGCACGAAACUCUCUCAGAAAAUGUUAUUGGAACUUUUGGCGCUCAAGUUGAGGUGCAUGACACCAAGAUGUACAUUUUCUCUCCGGCCGUCAGUGUAGCUUCAAUUUGAUGGGAACGGGUGAAGGCUGGACGACAGCACGCUUUAUCCCAGUAUAUAUUACGGCAAUAAACACCAUCAGUGUUCCACUCCGCCUUGUUUCCCAACCUGGGGAGUACAUACAAAGUGGGCCAUGUAAAGUUUCAUUAGCAGCCUGGGUGUAAAUCUGCUGGCGUCGGGAGUCUCGCCGCCAUUUUUCAGUUGUGUGCUGUACAUGAUGUUGUAAGGUUGGUUUGCUUCUUGUACGUGGCUCAGCCGUUGGCACAUUACUCUCGAAUGUGUUACUGCGUCAUCUGCUGAAUUCGAACCACAGGGCGUAGGGACUUGCGUAAAAAAAUAUCCUUUUUAAUGGAAAAAGAUUUGUUCCA